AUCUAAAUUGCCUUCUCUUAUGCUGUUAGGGCUGGAAACUUUAGAAUAAGAGUGCACCUGAUGGUGUUAAAUAUUGACCAAGGGAUUAUGAUGGUGAUCUAAUGGUUAUUUCUUUGAUAUGCUGAAGAACUCUGUUGUGCUGAAGAGCAACUUCAUGGAUCCACUUUUAACCAUGCUCCUUUAAUGGAAAGGCCAACUAAAUAAAUCCCUUUAUGUUUUUCUUCUCAGUGUAAGUUUUUUGCUGCUAAUUCAAUUGAUGAAAGGGAUGCCAAUGCUAAUUCAGUUGAUGAAAGAGAAGUUGUGACUGCUCCUCCGCCCCCACCAGAUCCUGAGCUGCCGCCCACUGUAUCUGCAAUAGCUCAAUCAGUGAGACUGUUAUAUGGGGAAGAUAAGCCUACCAUUCCUCCUUUUGUGAUAGUAGGCCCUCCUCCUUCUCGACCUAAGGAUGCAAGACUCAUUCUUAAAAAGAGAAAGAAGUCAGAGCAAAUGCGGCCCAUCCAGGCAAAAGUCCAGGAGAACAGGCAACUCCCUCCGCGGAAUUUCUUAGGUCCUGCUCAGAAAGAGGCUCCACUUAACACAUCAACUUCAGCGAUGCGUCAACCUUCUUGGGAGAAAAUGAAUGCAGAACUGUCCCCAUCAUCUGAAGUACUUCAGUUGGUUGCGUCGAGCAUUGGUCCGGGUCAGCAGCUUGCCCUUUUUCUGCCCGCGAAAAGCUUAGAUGUCCCUAGAAGUGAUGUAUCCUCAAUGAAACACAGUCUUGACCUUACACGCAAUUCUGAACUAAAUCAUGCUGGAGGCAAGGAGCAAUCACAUCCUGUUGAUGGGCUUGCAGCAUAUCCCCAGAAGUUAGCCAGCCUGAAAAUGGGAAUUCUUUCAGUAAGACUUGGUCGGUUGUUUCUUGGACUGAUCAUCUUGAUGCAGAAAAAGUCUCGUCUGAGGAGACUGUUUUGGGUCAUCCCGAGAGUGAAACUGAUCUGUAAAUUCAAGGCAGGGGAGUGACAAUCUAUGGAAAUCACAAUUCUUUCAUAGGAUUGGAAGCGUUAGGGUACUUUGCA